UAAACUCCAUGCUUAACAUCUGGAUGUUGUAGAACGGAGUAGCAUCACUCUACUCUCUAGAGUGAGUUAGACAGACGUGCGGAAACCGAGUAUCAUCGAAUAUAAGAUUGUUGUUGUCAAAUGGUCAGAACGUCAGCUACAACUCGAGGAUAUUGAUUGGCACUUGGAAUGGGCUUUGGCUCCCGCUAUCGGAGCGCAAGGUAAACCAAAAGGGGCCACAUGAGUUCUGCUAUAUUCGGAAACCACCACGGCUCCAAAUUGACUGCUAAUUCUGUUGAUCUGGACACAUCUCCACUCUCCAGUAUCGUGUGUCGACCAUCUGCAAUGUUGAUGGAAUGGUUUUAUUUAAUCGCGAGAAACGAACAAAUAAUCACGGGAUUACCAAAACGUCGACAUUUCUAAGGUCGGUUGUCUGUCGAAUAACAACGUUGUGAAGUUGGUGACUUCCGAACCCAAGGAAGACUGCAGGUGUCAUCGCUCCCUUCCAUUUCUCCAGUAACAUUUCCUUGAUUGACAUUCCUUCCAUCAGAUCAUAUGAGUGCAGCGUUCAGCCCUUCGUUUAUGAUGAUGCAGCGCCCACUGGGAAGCACCACUGCCUUCAGUAUCGACUCUCUGAUCGGCGGUCCCCCUCAGCCCAGCCCGGGACACUUCGUCUACACCGGUUACCCCAUGUUCAUGCCGUACCGGUCAGUGGUGCUCCCACCGCACCCUCCGCCGCCCCCUGCCCUACCCCAGUCCGCCCUGCAGCAGGGGCUCUCGGCUACCCAUCCGCACCACCAGAUCCCCAGCCUCCAGAACUCUUUCUGCUCUAGCCUGGCUCAGGGCAUGGCGCUCACCUCCACCCUGAUGGCCAGCCUGCCUGGAGGGUUCUCGGCUUCACAGCAGCACCAGGAGGCGGCGAGGAAGUUCGGCUCGCAGUCUCUCCACGCCGCCUUCAAUAAAUCUCAGGACAUUCGUUUGGAUGGGGAUGACGGAAAGACAUUUCUAGGAAAGGAGUCCGCAAGGCUCCCCUCCUACCACGACUCAGAGCCAUUGCAGUCAUCCACAGCCAGAACCCACGGCAAAGAAGACCCGAAAGAGGACGAAUGCAAUAGAAGAGAUGAGAGCUUCUCAAUGGACAGCGAUUUAGACUACAGCUCCGACGACAACAUGACGGGUAACUCGAUGUGUCAGAAAGAUGAUGGGGAGGGUAACGUGGAUGAGGGCGUCCACGGGUCCAACGGCACUGGCAGCACCACGUCUACCGGUAAGAACCGGCGGCGGAGAACGGCGUUCACGAGCGAGCAGCUCUUGGAACUGGAGAAGGAGUUCCAUUGUAAGAAAUACCUGUCUUUAACGGAACGCUCUCAGAUUGCGCAUGCCUUGAAACUCAGCGAAGUUCAAGUCAAGAUCUGGUUCCAGAACCGGAGGGCCAAGUGGAAGCGCGUAAAGGCUGGUAACGUCAAUUCCAAAACCGGCGAGCCCUCUAGGAACCCUAAAAUCGUGGUGCCUAUCCCCGUGCACGUCAGCCGGUUUGCAAUAAGGAGUCAGCACCAACAGUUAGAGCAAGCCAGACCAUAACAUUUCUUUAUGUUAAACCGAUGGACGAAAUACAGAUUAAGUUAAUAACACUGUUUAAAAACAGAAAAACAGCACACACGUUAUUUUGGAAUUGGACUAUUGAUAAUCACAAACCAAGUUUAUCCUUUGGUGAGUCUUUGUAAAUCUUUGUAAGACAGAGGAGAGCAAAUGAAUUGAUGGUACAUUGCUUUUCCUCUGCAUUACUGCUGAAUCGAUCCACUGAUGGUAAACUGAUUAAAUACCAAGACAAAAAAACUCGAAAUGGUGACAUGUAUCACCUUGGUUACUAGUGUAAAUACCGAGAUGGGCCAUAACUAUAACCGCCAUGGGACCAAAUUGAGGACAUUACAACAAGACAACAAUACAUCCAAUUGUACAUUUCCGAGAUGUUGAUUAAAAAGAUAACCUACUUUUACGUCUGUUAGAUUUUCUUUGAGGUUUGUGCUGCCGAUUCUGAAGGACCUUGCUUGUAUUAUUGUUGUUUUUGCAGCAGGCGCAAAUCAGAUCAGAAUGAACAGCUUUGUCCCAAAAGGAGCACUUUUAUCAUUUCUAAUUUUAUCCCCCCAAACCAGUACACAUAUUGUACACAUAGCCUACAAAUAUGCUCAGACAUCUCAACCAUCAAUCAUCUCCUCCAAAAAGCAAAGAGUGGCCCUGUAAAACCAUCCUACUUCUGUUCUCAGUUUGAGUUUGUUUCCAUUGUUUCAUUCCAUGGUUGCUUGAAUGAUUUUUCUUCAUUGUGACUUUUUCAACAGUCAAGGAGCACGCUGCUAAUUUAUUUAAUAUUGUGCAAAAAGUAACUAACAUUACAUUACUUAUUGAGUAAAUAAUAAAGUGUGCAUUAAAGAUGAACCAUUAGCAAUUGU